CAGGUAAGUGAAGCAACAUUUGAUAUAGGUAUUGUACUGCCAAAAUAAUGUCUGAACCACCACCCAACACAUCCACCACACCACCUUAUCCUGCCACCAUCUCCUACAAAAACCACCAUCUGAGCACCAGUACCAUCCACGGCGGCGCAGCAACCAUCCGCGACUACCGCAAAGGCAACUGGACCCCGGAAGAAACCCUGAUCCUGAUUACCGCCAAGAGGCUGGACGAUGAACGUCGCAUCACCACCACCUCCAGCAGCCGUACCGGCGGGGAGCUGCGGUGGAAGUGGGUGGAGAACUACUGCUGGAGCAACGGGUGCCUCCGCAGCCAGAACCAGUGCAAUGACAAGUGGGAUAACUUGCUUCGUGACUACAAGAAGGUCCGUGAUUAUCAAAACCGGUCAACUGGUCAACCUUCUUAUUGGGCCAUGGAUAAAACCCAACGCAAGCAUCUCAAUCUUCCUUCCAAUAUGUUACCCAACAUCUACGAGGCAUUGAACGACGUCGUUCAGAAGAAACACUUCCCCAACAAGACCUCUUUUCCUCUACAGCAGCCUCUCUCCGCCCUUCCGCCGCCACCAGCUCCGCUUCCCCCUCCUCCUCCUCCUCCUCCUGCCUCAGUUGUCUGCUUUGAAUAUACGUUAGAAGCAUCAGCAGAAUCACUAGAAUCACAAGGAGACGAGGCGGAGAGAGUGGACAGCGAAACGAAAAGGAGAAGGGUGAGAGACGAGGACAUAGGAUCAGCCAUUAUUCGCAGCACGAAACUCUUGUCAGAAACACUAAAACAUCAUGACGACAAUAAAGAAAAACGGCACAAUCAGUUACUCGAACUUGAACAGCAGAGGCUUCAAUUGGAAGAAACGCGUAACGAAGUUAACCGUCAAGGUAUUGCUGCUUUGAUCACCUCCAUAAAUAAGCUUUCGGAAGCUAUCCAUUCCCUCAUUUCAGAGAAGCGUACAUGACAAAAUAUGCGCAGGAUUCAAAUUUAAUUGAUCGAGAUAAUACUAUAUAUAUUAACUUAGGAUGAUUGGUGGUUCAUUAUUGCAUUAUGCUAUACAAGUUUAUUAUGUGCUUUCACGUAUAUAUAUUGGAAUUCUGAGGUGUUCAUUGAAGCAGAAGUACUUGGAAGAUAAAUCUAUGGCCUUCUGUUUUUUGGUGUGUUGGAGGAUAAUAUAUAUAUGGGUUUUUUUUUUU